UGAUCUAUUUCAAAUGUAUCCCUAGUUCAAAGGGAACUACCUCGGCGGUUGAUUACUUAGGACUUGAUUCGACAUCCGACUAUCUUUGAUUGAUUACUUUGUAUGAUGAUGUACCUCGUGAUCUCAUUUCCACUAAUCACGGGAGAGGGAUCGAUGUGUUUUGGGAGAUUGUAAACCAGCGGCAACAACAGAAAGCUAACAACCUCCUACAUGUUCACAGAAACGCUCUCAUCAUCAUGACAGCUUCGUUAUGAGAUAUUCGGAGCCAUGGCCGGUUGGCAUGGAACAACUGUCUUCUCUUUGCUCCGAGUGGUUUGUUUGUUACUGAUUUUUGGUUACACAGUCGGUAAAAAUCUUCACAAAUCUGCCGACAACGAAUCUUGUCAACCCAAAAGACCUCCAGUAGUUAUAAUUCCCGGAGACCUUGGUAACCAACUUGAAGCCAAGCUAGAUAAACCCAGUGUGGUCCAUUACAUCUGCUACAAGAAGACUGAUGCCUUCUUCAACAUAUGGCUCAACCUGGAGCUACUGGUCCCAGUAGCCAUAGACUGCUGGAUAGACAACAUAAGGCUGAUCUACAACACAACAACCCACUCCACCUCGGCCCCGCCUGGCGUGGACAUCCGGGUCCCUGGGUUUGGGAAGACCUUCUCCGUGGAGUACCUGGACCCCAGCAAGAGCAGCCUGGGCAUGUAUUUCUUCAGCUUAGUACAGGCGUUUGUGGAGUGGGGUUACACCAGAGAUGAUGACGUCAGAGGCGCGCCCUACGACUGGAGAAAAGCACCCAAUGAAAACAAGGCGUACUUCCUGGCGCUGCAGCAGAUGAUCGAGGAGAUGGCGGAGAAGGCGGGGGGGCCCGUGGUUCUGAUCGCCCACAGCAUGGGCAACAUGUACACCCUGUACUUCCUCAACCACCAGCCCCAGGCCUGGAAGGACCGCUACAUCAAGUCCUUCGUGGCCCUGGGGGCGCCCUGGGGGGGCGUGGUCAAGACCAUGCGGGUGGUGACCUCGGGUGACAACGACCAUAUUCCCGUCAUCAGCCCGUUGAAGAUGCGUUCGCAGCAGCGUAGCGCGAUCACCACCACCUGGCUCUUCCCCUACGCACACACCUGGCCCAAGAACCAGGUCCUCGUCCAGACCCCCACCUACAACUACACCGUGGCGGACUACAAGCGCUUCUUCUCGGACGUGGGGUUCACCGAGGGCUGGCAGAUCCGCCAGGACACGGAGCCGCUGGUGUCGGACCUGGACCCGCCCGGGGUGGCCGUCCACUGCCUGUACGGCAGCGGCGUGCCCACGCCCGAGAGCUUCCGCUACUCCGACAAGUUCCCCAACGCGGAGCCCGUGGGCGUGGGAACGGGCGACGGCGACGGCACGGUCAACCUGCGGAGCGCCACGCAGUGCGGGCGCUGGGUGGGGCGGCAGAGGCAGCCCGUCAAGCUGCUGGAGCUGCCCGGGAACGAGCACGUCAACAUGCUGCUGAACUACACCACCGUGGCCUACAUCAAGACCCUGCUGUGCUCCCCCUGAGGCCAGCCGAGGAGAUACAUACCCAAACUCUGUUACUACUACCAUGUUACCAUUCGUUAACCCGUGCCGGCUCUGUGGUGCACUCCGCUUAACCCUGCUUCACGCGCUGUCAUUUUUUUAGAACAUUUUUAAUGCAGUGAAUUCUAAUUUUUUAAUAGGAUUUUAAUAGUCGAAAUGUAUUGUUUUACAGUGGGCCAAUUACCUUUCUUCAAACAAUUAUAUUAAGAUCUGAACGACAAUUAUAUGUGCUAUUAUAAUAGCACCUUUGUGAAUUCAUUUCCUUAAAAUAUAUAUAUAUUUAAAUUAGUUGCUUUGGACCUUAUCUUCCUGGUUCGUUACAUUACCUCACAAUUUGAGUAACUUUUUUUUUCCUUUCGUUGAUCGUAAGUGUGCGUGCUGCUGAUAUUCAUGUGAAUCCCAAUUUUCUGCCUUCUCAAUUUGUUUACAACGUAAUGCCUAUCUGCAAAUGCACCUAGUUCAUUUGCAACACACUUAUGUAUUUUAUAGACUAUGUGCUCAACCGGUACACCAAAAACACCAAGCCAAAUAUCACAGAAGCAUACUGCUCGUGGACUAAUGAUGUAUGAGUUAUUGUGGCGGCGAGCAAUUGAGAACUUGUAGCCCAUUGGUUGCCAUGAUGUUUAUGUACUAUAAUCAAUCACCAUUGUGUACUUUUCAAAAUUCAAUGUUUGUACAUUUUGCAUUAGCGGUCACAGAAGUUUAUAUUAACACAUUGUGUACCUCCAAAUAAGUAGUGAUACUUGUGGCUUCUAUACAGAUUCUAAAUUAAACAUUUACUGAAUCUUAAAUCUUUAUUUACAUCUUCUAAAAAUAUAUCAUGUGUUUCAUUGACAUGUGAACAUUUAAAACGUGGCUUUCCGGACUUCUGUGAUGAUAUUGCAUUUGGCUGGGAUGUAUACAUGUGAUGUGAUAAAUAUGUAAGAGGAUUUCAUUGAUAAUGGGCAGGUAUCUGUCCAUUAUAAAUUCAUAUUUUUCGAUAUCCACAUUACUAAUUUUUUAGUGGCCACUAGAAGAACCAAUGUCUUCCAGCGCUACGCUAAUUAAUGUCUGUCGAAGAAGUCCAGAGCCUUUUAACAAAUGUCUCGCGACAUUGUUAUCUUUCCAUUUCAAUUUGAAACCAACCCCGCUUGGUUUCAUCCGGGAGCUUUGUCCUUGGCUCCACUCUGUUCGUCGUACCGCUGGUGUUUUACUGCUCCACUUUUAAAAGAUCCGGUUUUUCAGGACUGCAGAGGAAAGCUGAAGGUCUUGUUUCCUGCCCUGCAGCGCAGCUCCUGACAGUCCAACGUCAGCAGGAAUGCCCCCUCCUCAUGGUGGUCAACCAGACCCUUGAAAAAUAAGUAAAUAAGGGACCCAAAUCAUUUAGAAGCACUCAAGCUAUAUGUAAGAUGUAUGCAUGGGUCACUGUCGACUAUGGAUCAAGAAGUCGUUUCCAUCAUCAAAUGUUAAAGAUCUGUAUGCACUAAACUUUCAUUUUUCUUGGGUAGGGGCUUGGCAAAGCAAUGCAAUGCAAGCCGAAAAAGAAAUCCAUCAAUCUAUACCAACACUGUUGCCCCGGGCUGUGUGAACGUUUCAGUUCUCGACCACAAUACCUGUAAUUCCUUAAGGCAUUCUUUCAGCUGGGCUGUGAAGUCCCCAACGCACCAGGCUAGACUCACGUGAAACGAGGGAUCCUAGAGAAGAGGGAAAAGAGAAAGACAAGGGACUGAAAACUAAAUAAUUGGGUUUAAAUAACCCGAUGAUACUUUACAUUUGUUUGUUUUUUAUGUUAUUAGUCCUGGCAGACAAAGAGAAAUGUUCAGAUUAUACAUGUUGUUAAUGAAGCUAAAUAAUACCUGGACAAGUUUUGCUGUCUUACUAUAUGUUAAUAUCCAUAGAUUCACAAUGUUCUUGUUUUAUUUGGAUCUGCCACAAAAGUCAUGAGCAUUUACCUUAUAGAAUGUGUCAAGGCGAAAUUCUAUCAUAGUUUUGUCCACCAUUUUCAUAAUCUCUGCCAACUGAGCAUGUCCAGCAGACACUUCCAUUCCCAAAAACGUCCUGUAGGGGUCACACACAGGCUUAAUAACAGUACCAGAGACAAGGCAACUGGAGAAUUAAGAGCCAAAUUUCAAGUAAAAUAACCACAAAAAAAAAAAAAAGAUAAACAUCAUAGCAAGAGAAUAUGAGCC